GUGUGAAAUCAGAGGAUUCCAUCUGUGCCUUUGAACAUGACAAAAAACAAACGCCGCCACGCCCCUUAUCCAGCACAACUGCCGGACGAUUCUCGCCGCCGUUUUCCACAACCCGAAACCCAAACCCACGGUCAAGCCCGUAUUCACCCGCCAGUCUUAAUUGAUGACCGGGAAGCGGCUCAGGAACGCGAGAUCGAAACCCUGCUCCUCGACAACCACCGUCUCGCCUCCGCGCACGUCGCUCUUAAACAGGACCUCGACGCCGUCCAGCAGGAGCUCCGGCAUCUCUCUUCCACCGCUGCAACGGUCAAAGCGGAAAGGGAUGCUGAAGUGCGUGAGAUUUACGAGAAGGCACGGAGAAUGGAGGGCGAAGUCCAUACAGUCGAUGAGCUUAGCGUAGAGAUGGCUAGGGUUAGGACCGAUAUUCAGAACCUAAAUGCUGACCGCAAAGAGCUGACAGCCAAAUUGCAGGAGAUGGAGGAUGAUCUCGUCAAGGUUCGUUCGGAGUUGCAGCAGUUUCCUGUAAUCAAAGCGGAAAUUGAGAGCAUGCGCAAGGAAGUUCAACGAGGAAGAGCUGCUAUUGACUAUGAAAAAAAGAUGCAUGCCAGUAACCUUGAAUAUAAUCAAGCUAUGGAGAAGCAUAAGAUUACUAUGACUGCUGAAAUUGAAAGCCUACAUGCUGAGCUUGCAAAUGCAGAGAAGAGGGCAAGAGCAGCAGCCGCAGCUGCUGCAGCAGCGGCUCCAAGUAAUUCAAACCACCAGUUUGCUGCAGCGAAUCCAAGUUUUACGUAUUCUGCCAAUUAUGGAAAUCCUGAAACAGGUUAUGGAGGGACUUUGUACCCUGCUCCUUAUGCUGUACAUCAGGUUCAAGUCAGUGCUGAUGCAACCCAAUAUGGUCAAGGAGCUAUGUCUUAUGGUUCACACGGUCCUUAUGACAUGACGCAACCCUAUUUACAUCAGUAGUUUGUGAUUGGAAACUGAAAAGCAUCUGCUCGAUCACAAGCAAAGGUAAAUGUGUCAAUUUUGUUGGAUUUCACGACCAUCAAUGGUGAAAGCCUCAAGAGUGGAUUUGGCGAAGCACAGGUCAAAUGACUCUAGGUGGGUGAAUGCUAAACAGGUUGAAAAGUUAAUUUUGUGUCGAUGAAAAAGCAGUAUUCCUUGAUUGCAGGCACAGAAUUCAGACGAUUAGAGUUGUGAUUCAUACUGCAAAUCAGUUCACCCUAUUCUAGCUUUGUGAAUUAGCCAACUCUGGGUUCUAAACCUACUUAGUCCUCCAAGAUAAUUUCAUUAUUAUGAUCUCUGGGGAGACUUGGAUAGCAAAUUUAGAAUUAACUAACACCUGUAAAGCAUGUUCAUCAAAUUUUCCUUUUGCAAGAUUCAGUUUUAGCUAUGAAUGCCACUGUGUCAUCGCUGAUGGCUUCGCUGA